CAGCUCUAUACCGAAGCGAAGCUAGGGCGGGCCACUAGUUAUCUAAUAAAAAAAACUUAAUGUUUUACAGCAUUAUGAUAUUGUAAUUAUUUUAUAAAUUUUAAAACAAGUUGAGUAUGGAGGUUUUAUGAGCUGAGGCUGUUUGGAGAAGCAAAGUCAGAAGUGACCUUACAGAAGAUCAGAGUUAGUAUAAUUAUUUUUAUAUUUUAGAGGUAUGUGUACUAUAUAAGUAAGGAAUUUUUUGUUAGUACUAGUGAGUAAGCUUUUACGGGGAAAGGAAAAGGCCAGAUUGAGACCUCAACACGAAUGUAAGAUUCCCUUUAGUGUUGCAAACAAACCUUGAUUUAUUUAUAUGUUGCAGACGUUUCUAAACUGCGGCAUCGAGCGGAUCAUAUACUUCUUUGCAACCCCCUUGUAUUAAAAAAUGCAGAUCAUAAUCUAAUCUUCACUUAGUUUAAUUAAAAUUAAGAAAAAUUUAAAUGACAGAGAAGAAAAACAAGAAGAAUAAAUGAUGAAACAUCUCAACUAUUUCAUGAUAUAUAACUAGCUACCGCCCGCGACUUCAUCCAUCUUAACUUUAGUUUCUUGAAUAUCCCAGAGGAACUUAAUAUUUAUCCCGGAUAAAAAGUAUCCUAUGUCUCAAUCCAGGUCAUAAACUAUAUGCGAAUCAAAUUUCAUUCUAAUCCGUCCAGUAGGAUGAAUACACAAUAUACUAAGUAUUUCAUAUAUUUUUGAGCAUAUCGAUCAUUAUAUCCGCACUUGCCUGCUACAUGAGCUUUCCGCUAGUACACUUUUUAAUUUGAUGUACAUAUCCUAAGAAUGUAAAAGGAUAAAAUUUAAGUAUUGGUUGUUUCGUUUCUCAAUCCCUUUCUCAAUGAAAAUUCCUAUACUGGGUGGCGCAAAAGUAAGUACUAAAUCGGAAGAUGUUAUAAUUAUUGCAAAUGGCAUCGUACGUCAAUCGUGUUUGACAUUUGUGAACUAGACAGUUGCAGAAUAUAAAGAGACAAGCAGUGGAGCACGAUACUCCGUAGGAGAGUGAACAUGCGUUGUUUCAAAAAGACAGUACAACUGCACACACAGCACGAUUUCAUUUUGGCGAUUUGGCAUGGCCAGCAAGACCGCUUAAUUUAACCGCCCCGGAAUUCUUUCUUUGGGGCAAUUUGAAGUUUCGGGUUUAUUUCAACAAGCCUCAAACAAUCACAGCCGCUAAUCAAAGAGUCAUUCAACAGGAAUGCGAAGUUAUCACCGAAAUUCUUGCGAAAAUCAUGGAAAAUGUAAUAAAACGGGUACAAGUGUGUAUCAACACUAGCGACAGCCACUUAAUGGAAUCAUCUUUUCCACUUAGCAGGAAAAAGCUAAUAUUUCCAUCACUUAAAGUCGUUUAUUUUUAUUUAAUACAUAAAAUAUAUAAAAACAAAAUUCUACGAUUACUUUUGCGCCACCUUCUAAUUCGGACCUAAUGGAAUCACAUUACACAAAUAACUUCAUUUUGUCUAGUUAUUUUUCCCUUUCAAAAAUUUCAUUCGAGUUACCGCCGGCACCGUCGAUACUACAUCGCUCUACCUGCUUUCAUUCCUAUGUUUAUAUUGAUCUUCUAUAAAUUACUUAAAUUAAACAUUCAUUCUUCCUUAAAGGUCUCAUAUAUAAUAUAUAAUAGGCAUAUUAUUUUGGCCAAAUGAGUUCUUCUGCUCCAGAGCCCUUAAGUAAACCAUAAAAGCUUUUCCGAAAGCUUUUCCUAUGAGAUUUGGAGUUAACAAAUAAUAGAUUUGAUGACGGGAAUUUUGAGCAAUACAUAGUAGCAAUUAAAGUUAAAUUACAUUAUCGAAUAUUGUAAUAGGUACGAUUUAUAGGUAGAGUACAGGCAAUGUCAUGUUAAUGAUCGAAACAAAAGAACGGUUAAAUUAUAGUUUUUCUAUCUACUUUCCUACGUUUCCAUUCCAUGCACCAUGGAAACGGAACGAAACUUCAAGAUCUAACAGCAUGCACCAUCUUCGAACCCGCUGACUCGAAGCAUGGAUGGGCAACAGCAGCGCCGUGGGCAGGUGCGGCGAUAGGCGGUACUACGAUGAGCCCCUCCGUCCGCGGCGCGCACACCGACCGCCACGCAGUCUUCCCGCGCUCGCCACACGUGCGUCAAGCGUGCCUUCACACCGCCUACGAUCGUACAAAUGAAACUAAAACUCAAAAGUGCGUCCGGUUUUAAUAGGACAAAAUUCAUUGUGCCAAAUUUGUGAACUGCAAGGAUAUUAUUGCGUCUCUACAUACUGUGCGGACUCGAGUGCUUCAUCAAUUUGACGUUCUAAUUAUAUAAUUUUUCUUCCUUGAUAGAUUUAUUACAUCUUCCAUAGCACCGGAAAGCGUUUAAUUAAUGAAUGGAAUUAAUUAAAUCGUUCACAUUUGUCGAAUGGAAUUUAGGACAAGAAACUGAGAAUUUAUAAAUGCGACCAGAAAACCUCGAGUCACCGCUGUCAGCUCCACGCGACAAAAGUAGCGUGUACGCUAUGAAUGAUCAGACUUUUCACACACCAUCAUUCGGCGAUGAGGAAUUCGACAUCCCAAUGAUGCACGGACAACACGCUGCCAAUGGAGUCGUACAGGGCACGCAUAUACAGUACACACAGUUACUCCACGCGGCGCCACAGGUACGUAAACAGGUGGGUAUGAUGAACCCCGCUCAGGAUGGCCUGGCGCCUCCCGGUGGCGCUCCUUCUUAUCAACAACCUUUAUACUUGCAAGAACCACACACACCUGUUACUACGCACAGUGGUGCUGGCGCCCCAGCGGGCAAUUAUAUGAUUCAGCAACAACCCGGAGGCCAACAAAGGUUACUAAUGAUGCAGCCAACACAAGUUAUAAGUGGACCUCCUACACCAAGCACCCCAACUCAACCAUCAGGGCCGGUUUAUGGCUCCCCUCAGAGAGCUUCUCCUCCAGGGACAACCAGUGAUGAUUCUGAUGACAGUGUACCUUCACAUCAUUCACAGCAGAUGGGAGUCAACAACAUGGGUGUAAAACGGUCAUCACCUGAACCUAUGGAUAAUGGAAUGAACCGAGGGCAAAUGCAGAAAAAGCCUAAAGUUCAAAAGAAAAAGAAAAAAAGAGACCCAAAUGAACCUCAAAAACCUGUAUCAGCAUAUGCCUUAUUUUUCCGUGAUACUCAAGCUGCAAUAAAAGGACAAAAUCCCAAUGCUAGUUUUGGUGAAGUUUCUAAAAUUGUUGCAUCUAUGUGGGAUGGGCUUGAUUCAGAACAUAAAAGUGUAUAUAAGCAAAAAACUGAAGUUGCGAAGAAAGAAUACCUCAAAGCACUAGCUGCCUACAGAGCUAGCCUUGUCUCAAAGGGAAGUGACCAAGAAAACCAAGCAAUGUACAAUCACCCAAAUAAUACUAAUACAACCUAUGGUAACUAUUACCAAGGACAAUCAUAUGGCAAUGGUCAUUCUCCCCAGGGUUUUGUAGCUAACUCAGUACCACAAGGAUAUUCCCCGCAGACCUACCCUGGUAAUCAAGCACAAGCUUCUUAUCCUGGACAAGCACCACAAGGCUACCCACCUAAUCCUCAGCAGUCGCCUCAAAGUUAUCAAGGAAAUAUGGCACAUGCACCACAAACAUACCAGGGAGUUCCUGGUCAAUCCCCGCAAGGAUACCCAGUUAACCCUGCAUCUUCACCUCAAGGUUGCCAGCCAAAUCUGGCUCAAUCCCCCCGAAGUUAUCAACCUGCACAAUCUCCAUCAAGCUAUGCUGGGAACUCUGGGCUUUCACCCCCUGGCUACAGACAAGUUCAAUCACAAUCCCCUCCAAUGGGCUCUGUUCAUCCAGCAAUGCAAUAUCAUCAUUCCCAGCAGCAAAUGCAACAAGCUCACCAACAAAUGCAACAAGCACAUCAAGUACAGCAAUAUCAACAACAGCAACAGCAGCAACAACAACUGCAACAACAACAGCAGCAGCAGCAACAGCAGCAGCAACAACAGCAGCAGCAACAACAACAGCAGCAGCAGCAACAACAACAACAACAAACUUCUCAACAAUCAACACAAAAUCAAGUUCCCAAGCCUGAAUCCCACUCGCCAAACAGUAAUGGCAGUUCUGGCAUACCACAGCAAUCACCAGAUCAAAAUGAAAAUAGAAGCACUACAUCAUGUAUUCGCCAAGGCUGCACAAAUCCAGCCAUAGCUAACAGUGAAUGGGAGGAUGAAUAUUGUUCCAAUGAAUGUGUUGUCAGUCACUGCAGAGACGUGUUCAGUUCAUGGGUGGCUUCUAACAGCAGCAAUCAGAUGCAAAACUUUUCUGCAGUAAAAUGAAACUAAUGUACAUAUCAAUAUUAAAUGUAAAUUGAUCAAAUUACUCAUAUUUCUAUAGAUAUACAUGAAGAAAAUGAAGCAAGUUAAUUUUCACUUGUUACAAUAAUUUAAGAUAAACAUUCACUAACUAGUUUAGUGCGUGUGAUUUAAAAAAAACAUAAAAAUAAGCAUAUUAGAUUCAUGUAAUGUUUUAUGCAUUUCAAUGCAUUUAGUCACUCAUAAAUUGGAUUUAACAUAAUUAUUUAUAUGAUGAAAGGAGACAAAACUUUGGUUUAGCAGUAAACUGACAAUGUUAUUUUAAUGGUUAAAUAUUUUAUUCUUCCAAUGACACAAUUUGUUAAUAAAUUAUGUUAUUUAUAAUGGGCAAUACUCUCUGAUUUCCACCAGCUCAGAGAUAAGCUAUUAUGGUGUGGAAGUCAAUACUUAGCCAAACAAAAACUAAGAAAUUAUUUAUAUUGUUUGCUAUUAAUAGAAUUAUUAAAUAUAUAAAAUUCAAUGGAAAUUAAUAAGAUAUGAUAGCAUAUGAAAUACAAAGUGCGCAUUUAUUAGUUUAUGUAAUAUAUACAUUUGCACUUUAAUUUAGCAAAUAACAUGAUAUAUGCCUAAAGUUUACCAAUAUUAAUAAAUAAAGCAAUCCUUGCCUUAUAUAUUAUAAUAUGUAACAAUUUACUCAUAGUUAGCUUUAAGCUCGAUAUAACGCAUGUCAUUACAGUCAUGUUUGGAGAUAAUAACAUUGUUAUUUGUACCAUUCAGUAUUUUUGAUUAAAGCUAGAGUAGUAAUACUUAAAUACCAACAGAUAAGACGUUAAAUUGAUGUCCACAGCCUUAAGAUAAUAUAUUAUUUACCAAAAGUAUGGCAUUUAAAUUUACUUUAUUUUUCAUUAAAAAAUGUAGGUUUUGGUCAUUUUCUCAAAAAAUAUUUCUUCCUAUUAGUGUUGCAUUAAAAAUAUUAAAACUAGUGUACAUUUCUAAGAUACCUACUUAUCUACAUGGCAACCUUUUAUUUUCUACUUGCGUUUAGACUUUUAGGAAUUAGCUGGACCAAAAUUUUCUUUAUAGAAAAAAAAGGUAUCAUAACCAUAAGUUAUGUAUAUUCAAUGUAAUUUGUAAAUAAACAUGCAAUAAUAGUAGUAGGUACUUUAAAGUAGAAACUACGUAAAAAUAUUCCAGUUUAUGUUAUUUAUUUCGUAAACUUGUUAGAACUUUGAAUGAAUAUCUUUGUAUCGAAAUAAUCUUUUUAAAAUGUAAUAUAUUAUUGUAUAAAAUGUAAUUAGAAAACAGUU